UAAAUCCAGAUCUGCUCUGUAGACAUGGAAAAGAUUUUUAAAAUUUUACUGUUUAUAAUAUCUCACGCAGCAAUUCCAUGUCUUGGACAGGCGGGUGGAGGGGAUGAGGCAAAGACUCUUGUCGCUAACUUGUUUUCAAGUUAUAGUACAGUGGUCCGACCAAACAAGGAUUAUACGAAACCGAUGAACGUUGAUCUAGACAUGAUCCUUGUUGGUAUUAAUGGUUUAGAUGAAGUUGAGGGUAAAUUGAUAACAACUGGUUACCUGUCCGUUAGAUGGACCGACGAAUAUUUAGUGUGGGACACUGGUGAUGUCAUGCAACUGUACAUUCCUCAAGAUAGAAUAUGGAAACCAGAUUUGACACUUAAAAACGGCUUUACAAAAUUGACCACACUUGGGUCCGAUUUUAUCCUAGUUCAGAUUAUGCAAAUGGGACUUGUUUGGUGGCAGCCGUUCGAGGUUUUUGAAUCCAAAUGUUCUAUUGACAUUACACACUUUCCUUUUGAUCAACAAACGUGCGACCUUGUUUUUGUUGUCUGGUCAUACUUCAUAGAUGACGUGAAUGUUACAAAAGGUGCGGAUGGAAUCGAAACAGAAGAUUUGGAAGAAAAUGCAGAAUGGAGCAUAGUUUCAACUUCCGCAAAGGAGGAUAAAGAAGGAACAGAGUCAAAGGUCACAUUUACACUUACAAUACAACGGAGCUCUGGGUAUUAUAUUUUCAACAUAAUUAUCCCCGUUAUAUUUCUCGGACUACUAAAUGUGUUUACAUAUGUCCUCCCAGCGGACAGUGGUGAAAAGAUGAGUUACGCAAUGACAGUUUUCUUAUCAUUUGCCGUUUUUCUGACAAUCGUAAGUUCAGAAUUACCCAAGUCGUCAGGAUCCUAUUUCGGAUAUUAUUUAAUGGUCUUAUUAAGUUUUGGUGUGAUAACAGUUUGUGUUACAGCACUUGAGCUCCGCCUGCAUCACAGUCAGCGCAAGGUGCCAAGUUGGAUAGAAAGGGUGAUGCGAUGUACAUGUUGCUGUUGCGAAGACAAUCGCGUCGAUGAUUUGGGAAACACCAAGAGGAAGAAAGACGUGUCCUGGUCAGAUUUUACCGCUUUUGUAGACUUUUUAAUGUUUUGGAUUUUGUUUAUAUCAUUCAUAGUUUUAACUGUUAUUGUAAUGAUUAUUUUGAAACUAAGGGUGAAAAUGUGAUUUUGAUUUGUUAUUUCUAAGUAUUUAGUCUGUCUGCUUCACACAUGUAGACUAAGAGAGAGUUACAAAAAAGAAAGUUGUUUCAUGGGCUCCAAGAUUUUCAAU